AUGAUCCCUUGCAAUCUCAAGUUUGCGCCCGUCGAGGGGGCGCUGGCCACAGAAAAGCCACCAGGUUGUGACUCCAGAGCUGAGCAGUCAGUCUCCCUAACCAAGAGUGGUGUCAUCUGCAAUGGGUGCUUUACCCUGACUGAUUUAGAGGACACCCUGCCACACUUAUACUGCAGGGACACAGUGGUGGCCCAGAUGGCGGCAGUAGGCGGAGGUCAGCCUUCCCGGAGCUGGAGACCGGGACUCGAGGCCCGUGCGGCAGCGCCCCCUGCUGACCGCGGGGAGGCAAAGCCCCGGCUCUCGGCACGGGACUGGGGAUCCCUCCAGCCGCCUCCGCCCCCUCUCAGUCCCUGCCCGGGACCGCUCGGCCCCAUCCGGGACUGGAUUCCCGGAGACGCGUCCUACCCUACGCCUGCCGGCCGAGCAGGGACGAUGCUCGGAAUCACCCGAUUCACCAGGGGAUCGGAGGCCGCAGGAACCCAUCAGACCCUGCAGGGGACCUGGGCCCAAAGCUUGCUGGGCUGUCGCAGGUGGUUUGGACGUGGAGUCGCCUAUGGCCAAGACCGCGGGUUCUGCGGACAGAGAGGAGCCCUGGGUUCGCUUUCUGCCUCGUCCAUUUUCCAGCUAGGUGACCUUGGGCAAGUGUUCGGGCUGAUUCGAGUGUACGACUCUGUCUCGUUCUAGCGAGGGGAGGCCAGGCCUGGAGGGACACAAUGGAGGUCGUCAGUAACUGUCCAGGAGGGCUGCCAUCACUGGGCUUCAGACAGAGUCCCCCACGAUUCCCCCUCCUUCGGUGCACAGGGCUUUUACGACUCCGACCCCCGGGAUCACGACGCGGUGGCUUUUCUCCUCUCGCUCCUCUCCCCAGGCUCACAUGAAACAAACAAUCACUCUUCGGCCUUCCUCUGGACUCUGAGCAAAUCAGGUCAGGUCCUGUUUGGAUGCCAGGCACAGCCCUGUGGCUCUCUGCUCAGAACCGCGCGGUCUUCUCAGCUGUGUGUCUCAGCACUCUGCCUGCUGCGGCCCGGACUGCGGACCCAGUCUCCUUGCUGGUGUGAGUUGUGGACUCUGUGAUCGCGCCCCUUGGUGUUGCUGACCCAGUGCUCAGGCAAAAACCUCCUUUUUUUCUGGAAGAAUUCUUGAGAUUUCCACAGCCUCCUUCCUAUUGUCACUAGGAGCAUUGUCCCAAAUGGAUGACUUGUUUUUUUUUUUUUUCCCUUCGAGACAGGGUCCUGUUGUGUAUCU